GUGGCGGUGUGGCCCCGACCGGCGCCGACGUCCCAGCCUCAAUCCUCGUCCGCGCAAGAGACACAGUUCGCAAGCUCUUUCUGCUCUUCAUCAUCCUUCCAGGUGUAGCACACCAAUCUUGAACGGUGCUCUUGCUGUCUCUACGAGCCCGUCACGUCAAUUUUCAUUGUCGCCAGGCGACCAUGAGUUAGGUCGUGAAACCUGCCCAGCUACCUCGGACCUGUCGCGACUCUAGUCUUCGGACAGAGGCAUCAUGGCGCCUCUGCAGAAUGGCUAUGGGAAUGGCCUGAAUGGCGAGGAUCUCACCUCUCCCACCUCUAUUGCGAAUUUCCGCUUCUCCGACAUCCCCUCUGCCAUCGAUAUCCCCGCAUCGACGUUCGACAGCGAGGUCGAAGUCAGUCUUGAAGAGUUACCAGAUGAUCCCACGGAGCUGUGCACUCUGCUCGAAAAUGAGAAGGCUGCGAAGAACUUUUGGGUGAUUAUAGCUCUCGCGUACGCGAAGCAGAAACAGAUCGACCAUGCGAUUGAUAUCUUGAACAAGGGACUUGCUUCAGUCUCCCAUGGCGCCACGAAGGAGAAGCUGGGGCUGUUGGCGUGGGUUUGUUGGCUGCUGCUGCUGAAGAGUCGACAGGCGCCUAGAGUCGCGCCGGACGGUGGACUUUACUCGGAGGCCAAGACGAAGGAUCAUUAUCUGCAGCUUGCGACGUCAACGCUGAACGAGGCUUCGCGACUCAAUCCUGCGUUCCCGCCCUUGUUCCUUGCUCGUGGUGUUCUCUCUCUGUUGCGUGCUUCUCUGUGCCCGCCCAAGGUCGUUCGUCCGGGAGCAGUCGAUACUUCUGAGAGAGUGGAGUCGUUGCGGCAGGCGUUGAAGUCUUUCGAUGAGUCGUCUAAGGCUUUUGGGGGCAGGAACGUUAUGGCCCUGCUUGGAAGGGCUAGGGCAUUGUAUCUUCUUGGAAGAUACCCCGAGGCCCUGGAAGGAUACCAGAAGGUGUUGAUGAAGAUGCCCAGUCUGACUGAUCCAGACCCAAGAAUCGGUAUUGGAAGUUGCUUGUGGCAGCUUGGCUUCAAGGACCAGGCUAAAGUGGCCUGGGAGAGAGCUCUAGCUCUGAAUCCGGACUCGAAAGUCGCCAAUGUCCUCCUUGCUGUCUACUACCUGUACAGCAGUUCCCGUCAUGCCACCACGGAUCCCGCCUUUGGGUCGCUGUACAAGAUAGCGAUGACCCAGUAUACACAGAAGGCUUUGAAGCUGGACAAAGAAUAUCCGAUGACCUGUGCCUUGUUCGGUAGCUACUUCCUGCUGCGAAAGGCGUACCCGACGGUGGAGACAUUGGCGCGCAAGGCUAUCGAGCGAACCGAUGUUAUGUCCAUUGCCAGUGAUGGAUGGUAUCUGCUUGCGAGAAAGGAGCACUAUGAGGGCGAUGCUUCAAAGGCUUCCGAGUACUAUAACCGAUCCGAUCAGGCCAGAGGUGGUUCGGAACAGGGCUAUCUUCCUGCAAAGUUUGGUACGGUGCAGAUGCAAGUGAAGAAUCGAGACUACGAUGGCGCCAAAUUCCGUCUGGAAAAGAUCAUCCAGCAGACCAAGAACCCGGAGUGCAUGAUGCUGCUUGGUGCACUUCAAGCUGAGGAAGUGUUUGCAGCUCAGAGAAGCAGUACCAAAGAAGAUAAAUCCGCCGAGGCUAAGAAAGCUAUCAGUCUUUUCGAGGGUGUGCGAGCUAUGUGGAAAGACGAAAAGAAGAAGCUCACUCCCGAUGAGUCUGUGCUGGUCUAUUUGUCUCGCUUAUAUGAAACCGUUGCUCCAGAAAAGAGCAUGCAGUGUCUCACCCAACUCGAGCAGAUGCAGCUCGCGCAGAUCCCUGAAGAGGAUCGGCCAGAGGAUGUCGAGGACGAGGAGACCAUGAACGCUAUUCUGCGGGAGAAUCUGCCUCCCCAGCUUCUCAACAACAUCGGUUGUUUCUUCUAUCAGUCCGAGAAGAUCGAGCAGGCCAGGAACAUGUUCCAGACUGCAUUGAAUGCUUGCGUGAAAUCUCGGGAGCGGGAUGAGGAACUUGACACUGAUGCCCUUGUGACGACCAUUAGUUACAAUCUCGCGCGCACUUACGAAGCGGCCAAUAUGCCAGACGAAGCGAAAAAGGUCUACGAGGGUCUGCUGGAGAGGCACAAAGACUACACGGAGGCAAGCGCAAGACUAACAUACAUCGCCUUGCGGCAGAGCCCUACCGAUGAAGGCCCCAAGAAGAUGGCUAAGCUAUAUGAGACAGAAAACACGGACCUGGAAGUGCGUGCUCUGUUCGGAUGGUAUCUCAGUAAGUCGAAGAGACGCGUGGCAAACCUCGCGGAAGACCACGAACAACGGCAUUACAAGCAUACUUUGCAGCACUUCGACAAGCAUGACAAAUAUUCCUUGACUGGCAUGGGCAACGUGCACCUUCUUACCGCCCGAGACAUGCGGCGCGACACCGAUCAGGAUAAGGAGAAGAGGAGAAAGAUGUACGAGCGAGCUGUCGAGUUCUUCGACAAGGCUCUGCAACUUGAUCCGAAGAAUGCCUACGCAGCUCAGGGUAUCGCCAUCGCUCUUGUUGACGACAGAAAGGACUACAGCACGGCGGUGCAUAUCUUUUCCAAGGUCCGUGAUACGCUCAAGGAUCCCAGCGUCUAUCUGAACUUGGGACAUGUGUACGCGGAACUGAGGCAGUUCUCAAAGUCUAUCGAGAACUACGAAAUGGCACUCUCGAAGGACCGAGCUCGAGAUGCCCAAAUUCUGGCCUGUCUUGGAAGAGUCUGGUUCCUCAAGGGCAAGCAGGAGAAGAGCAUAUCUGCGAUGAAGGCGGCGCUGGAUUACGCCCAGCGUGCUCGUGAGGUCGCACCGGAACAAAUCCAUCUGGAAUUCAACGUGGCGUUCGUCCAGAAUCAGAUUGCACUUUUGGUCUAUGGCUUGCCAGACACCCAGAGAACUGUCCAGGAUGUGCAGGAGGCGUCUGCAGGCCUGGAUGAAGCCAUCGAAGCUUUCGAUCGCAUUGCGAAGGCAAAGAAUCCUCCUUACCCUCGCGGAGCAUUGGAACAGCGCGCGAACAUGGGUCGUAACACGAUCCGUAAGCAGCUUGAGCGCGCCUUGCAGAGCCAGAAAGAAUACGAAGAAAAGAAUGCUAUCAAGCUUCAACAGGCUCGCGAAGCUCGUGAGGCCGAGAUUAAGCGACGUGAAGAGGAAGUCAGAAAAGCACGAGAAGCUGAGGAGGAAAGGAAGAGGAAAAUCGCAGAAGAAAGACAACGGAUGGUUGAAGAAGCCGCGCGACUCGCUCAACAACGCGCUGAGGAAGAACGCGCGAGGGAAGAAGCCGAACUGACGACGGAUGAGGAGACCGGCACCAAGACCAAGAGGACGAAGAGGAAGCCUUCCAAGCGCAAGAAGAAGGCCGAAGAUGCUGAGAGCGAUGGAGACUCAUCACGCCGUGGCAGAAGCACAGAACCUCCAAGUGAUGGCGAGUCUGCACCUAAGAAGCGCAGACGACUGGAGCGGAGGUCUGCUGCCAAGGAGAAUACCAAGUACAAGAGCAGCGAAAUCGUCGUGGAUUCCGACAGCGAAGAAGGUGGUGUGGACAACGCUCGUACGGCUGAAUCUGAUCACGAUGAGCAGAUGGGCGGUGCUGGUGAUGAGGAUGAGGGAGUUGUUCGAAGCCGUCGGAAGAUCACACGCCGGAUCGAAGACGAUGACGACGAGGAAGAAGAGGAAGCUGAAGCUGCUGCACCUGCAGAUGAUGACGAUGACCUAUUUGGUGAAAAGUCCGGCGACGAGGGGGCCAAGAAUGAGGAUGCGGAAAUGAAGGAUGACGAUGAGGAAUAAGCGUAAUCUUCUCUUUCUCUCGGUGUCGUUUACCAUCAUCAAUUAUUUCUUGUCAUUCUCAACUAUCCCAGCUUGUCCAGGCAGCAUUUUAAGGAAAGCCACAACAAAUAGCUUCGCAUUUGAAUACCCUGACUUUUUGAAGGCGUCGGUGGUUGUAUAGGUUGGGGGUUUAUUUCCAGUGUAUUCUAACAGAAAAUUACUAUAUUAUUUUGUCCAGCGGUUGUCUAAAUGCAUCAAUUUGAAAGACUAUGAUUGUCG